CUUUUUCUUUCUGUGUUAGGUUUAGGGUUUUCUCUCUCCUUAUCUUUCCCCUAAUCUCCCAAUUUACUCUCAUCAAUCGAAAUUUUCUCUCUCCUCUCUCAGAUCUGUAUUUCUCUCUCAUCAAAUUUGAAGCUUUUGCAAUGGAGACUGAACGAGUCACCGAGUUUCCUAUGACUCACCUGGAUCGCCGACCCAGAAAACGACCGCGUUUAGGCUGGGAUGUUGCUCCUCAGAAUACUAAGGCUCAGAUAGGUUUAUUUUGUGGACAAGAGAUUGGGAAUAUUACAAGCUUUGCUCCUUCAGCUGCACCUACAGAACAUGCUACUUCUAGUUCCCUGUUUAUGAAGGGAGUGGCACGAAACGGUACUCCCCCGUGGAGGGAAGACGACAAAGAUGGACAUUACAUGUUUGAGCUGGGAGAUAAUUUAACAUCUCGCUAUAAGAUCCACAGCAAAAUGGGUGAAGGUACCUUUGGUCGGGUAUUGGAGUGCUGGGAUCGUGAGCGGAAAGAAAUGGUUGCCAUAAAAAUUGUACGUGGAAUCAAAAAGUAUCGGGAGGCAGCAAUGAUUGAAAUUGAUGUGUUGCAACAACUUGGUAAACAUGAUAAAGGGGGCAGCCGUUGUGUGCAAAUAAGGAACUGGUUUGACUAUCGUAACCAUAUCUGUAUUGUUUUUGAGAAGCUUGGACCAAGCUUAUACGAUUUCCUUCGCAAAAACAAUUACCGUUCAUUUCCCAUUGAUCUUGUCCGUGAGAUCGGAAGGCAACUGUUGGAAUGUGUAGCAUUUAUGCAUGACCUUCAUCUUAUACACACUGAUUUGAAGCCUGAGAAUGUGCUAUUAGUCACACCAGACUUUGUUAAGAUUCCUGAUUACAAGGGGUCUUCUAGAUCACCUAGAGAUAGCUCUUAUUACAAGAAAGUGCCCAAGUCAAGUGCUAUAAAAGUUAUUGAUUUUGGUAGUACUACGUAUGAACGAGCAGACCAGAAUUAUGUAGUCUCUACACGUCAUUAUCGUGCGCCCGAAGUUAUUUUGGGCCUUGGAUGGAGUUACCCAUGUGAUGUUUGGAGUGUGGGUUGUAUUCUGGUGGAACUCUGCUCAGGAGAAGCCUUGUUUCAAACCCAUGAAAACUUGGAACACCUUGCAAUGAUGGAGAGGGUGCUUGGUCCAUUGCCACAGCAUAUGCUGAAGAGAUUAGAUCGACAUGCAGAAAAGUAUGUUCGAAGAGGUAGAUUAGACUGGCCUGAAGGUGCAACUUCUCGGGAAAGUAUUAGAGCUGUUACAAAGCUGCUCCGCCUGCAGAACCUCGUAAUGCAGCAUGUAGAUCACUCUGGCGGGGAUUUCAUACAUCUUUUGCAAGGUCUACUUAGAUAUGAUCCAUUGGAGCGACUCACAGCUCGUGAAGCUCUCCGACAUCCAUUCUUUACUGAAGAUCAUCAUCUCAGGAGGUGAAUAUGCAGCGAAGCUGGGUGUAGCUUGUGAAAACCUGUUGGUUCAUCCAAGCUUGAAAAGAGGACUUGUCUUCUCAUGGAAGAUAGAAAUGUUGGCAACUUCAGCCUGUUGUGGGAUAAACUGAAUGAGAUUGCAAGUUCUGCUUGGGCUGAUCAACUCUUUAUAAGCAGAAUUGAGGCUGCAGCACAGCAGCAGUUCGUUGAGGUGUAUAUAGAAUAUUAUUCUUUUUGGCUAACAGAUCUGUGUAGAGAUUAACCUUGUAUUGAUUUAUGUUAUACUCCUAUAAAUUCUGGAGGUUGGUAUGUGAAAAUAUUUCUAUCCUGGUUUGUUGCGUGUUAUCCUUGUUUAACCUUUUGGCCACGCGUUAGCUGCUCAGGCAAAUAUUACCUUCGUUUCAUUUUUCAA